GGAAAACACGAAAGCAUUAAUUGAUUGAAACAAACCGUGGAUUCAAUGAGUGUUUGAAUUGAUGUCUGAUUUAGUGAUAUAUUUGUCUCUUUUGGUUCCGCUUCUGAUUGUCGUCCUAUUAGUGGUGUUAGUCUUGAGAGGACGUAAUCGACAGCAAAGGGAUGGCGACGACGACAACGAUGGAGAGGAAGCCAUGGCUGACAGACGGCGAAGACUAUUGAGACAACCGAUCGAUGGCCACAACGACGGACCCGUUAGGCGACGUCAGGUCCGACACAAUCGCAUCCCUUUGAAUGCCAGACAAGAAGAGGACGCGGAGGGCGAUGAAGACGAUGAGGGCGUCGACGACACAGAGCUGGCCAUCGACGGCAAGAUCGGCGCUAAGAAGCGCAAGAAGUUGGAGGCGAAGGCCGAGAAGAGGCGGGAGAGGGAGCGGGAGGUGACUGAACGCGAAGAACGGAAGGAACGGAACAAAGAGUUGGAAAACAUUCGACUCAAAGAGGAAGAGAAGGCCAAACGCGAGGAACAGAAACGGUUAGAAGAGGAGCGUCUCAUCAAAGAAGAGAAAGAGAGACAAGAACUCGAAGAAUAUCUCAAACUUAAAGAGUCGUUUGCUGUGGAAGAGGAGGGUUUCGAUGACGACACGGACGAGACGGUGGCGCAGAACAAGUUGCAGACAUUUAUUGAUUACAUCAAAGGCCAGAAAGUGGUUCUCAUGGAAGAACUCGCCGGACAUUUCCAUAUGAAGAUACAGGACGUGAUACAGAGAGUGCAGGAACUGUUGGCCCAGGAGUUGAUAGUGGGAGUGAUUGACGACAGGGGAAAGUUCAUAUACAUAACCAAAGAGGAGUUACAAUCGGUGGCUAAGUUUGUGAGACAAAGGGGUCGCGUAUCGAUCACCGAAUUGGUUGAAAGCAGUAAUUCGUUAAUCAAUUUACAGCCCAUCCAAGAGACGAGUGUCUCGUCCUGACCGGCAAUCACUUGCCAUUAAAUCGCUUAUUGUAUUGUAUUUAACAAACGGUUAUUAUAUAUAAAUAUAUUUUAUAUAACAUUGAGUUCAUAAUUUGUAAGUUAUUUGUUAACUAAACGCUGAAUUUAAGCUUAAACUACAGUAAAACUAGACUUUGAUAUGAAAA